UGUGCACUUUUACUUUAAGAACUCUCAACUCAAGAAGCAUCCAGAAGCCAAGAUGCUCGUCUUAUUGCUGGGGAUCUCCAUGAUCCACAUCACCACUGUGGUCAUGCUCUUCGUGUGCACCAUCGCCAACGUCUGGGUGGUUUCAGAUCAUGGAAAGUCAUCCGUAGGCCUCUGGAAAAACUGCACAGAUGGUGAUUGCAAUGGAGUCCUGCCUUAUGGAAAUGAUGAGGCCAUCAAGGCUGUGCAGGCUUUCAUGAUCCUCUCCAUCAUCUUCUCUGUCAUCUCCCUCCUGGUCUUCAUCUUCCAGCUCUUCACCAUGGAGAAGGGGAACCGCUUUUUCCUCUCGGGAGCCACCAUGCUGAUUUGCUGGUUGUGCAUCCUGGUGGGGGCAUCUAUCUACACGAACCGCUUCGCCAAUGGGGACCGAAACCCUUACGUGAAAAGCCACCACGGCUACUCCUUCAUCCUGGCCUGGAUCUGCUUCUGCUUCAGCUUCCUGGUUGGCACCGUCUACAUGGUCCUGAGAAAAAAAUAAGGGCCCCCUCUAGUGUGUGGGCCUCUCCCUUGGGGGUGGGAGGAGGGAGCAGGUGAAUCACUGGGAGGGAAGCAGAACUUGUUCUGCAGGCAAAAACUGGAGAGGGAGGGGGAUGGGAGGGAAGUCAGCGGGUGGGGGGGGAGGAUAGUGGACACCCAGACCAUUAGUGAGGAGCUUCUAGACAGGAGGUCUGCAUUGCUGUGGGGAAGGUAGUUGACUAGUGCUUGGUUGCCUCCUUGACAUGGCCAGAGGGCCUCUCUCCUGUGCCCAGGCUGGGUUUCUGGCUGCUCUCAGCUAUAUACACUGUCUGGGGCUCCCAACUGCCAUGCCCCCUCUGUCUCCACUUGGAAGCUAGAUUCUGGGCCUGGUGCUGAGGCCUUCAGACCCAUUGCUCCAAGUGGAAAUAGCAGCGGUACAAGUUCCAGCAACAGCAGAGCCUGUCUUUGGGCUGAAAAGGCUUUGUCCUAAUGCCACCCUACCCUUGAAUCCAAAGCAAACCUUUACAUUCAUGUCCAGGCCAUGCGAGAGGGCCCUGGCCAGCGAGCCCACCCUUGGUCCUCUUUAGAUCUUAUCUUUAGCUCUGUGGGGUUCAGCACUUUCAGGGGGGCUAAUUUUUUUCAGGAGGGGCAAUUUUUCAGGGGGGGAAGAGACAGAGCUAGCAGGCCAAGUUGGUGGGUUGGUGAGCGAGCUAGCAAGAGAAAAAGAAAAGAGAGAGAGAGAGAGAGAGAGACCGAGCAUUUUUAGGAAUGGAAGGAUAGACCUCAAACUUGCCCUUGCAGCUGUCCCAUAGGGAGAUCUCUUGCCACUGACUCUUCUGGGCCUCCUGCUUAAAACCAAAGGCCACACCUGAGGGUUUCUGGAAAUCCACAAAGGACCAAUUGGGUGGAGAAAAUGCCAUGCAAAUUAUGGCAUGGAAGGGCAGUGUUACCACACUGCUACUUGGGGGGCAUGUUUACAGCAUCGCCUCAGUGUCUUCCCAUAUCCACCAGAGGAGAGAGAUAGAAUACCUUCUAACACAGCCUGACUGUCCCUCUAAAUUAUAAGCUUGGGUAGAAAUUUUGUCUAUAAUUACCCAAAUUAGGGAGUGGGGUUUCCCGGCCUCAGUGGCAGCUCUAGUUGUGACACUGGCUGGAGAGCUCACCUUCCCAAGCAGGUAAAUUCUGGAAGCUUAUUGAAACAUUCACAAACCAGAAUGAUGCAGCAAGUGCUCAGGUGAAAGGUGCUAUAUAACAGUCAAGUAUUAAGCAUGCUAGAUUCCAAUCAUGAUAAGAGCAGAGGGCGUGUGCUCCCAGGAACAAUAUGAAAAACUCCUAAAAGAUAAUAAAAAAAAAAAUAGAGGUGAUGGGGGCAGACAGUUCUUAAAGGGAAAAAGCAGAAACUCUUGUGCCAUCCAGCCAGGUGAGAAUGGAACUGGCUGUCAUCACAGGAGUGGUUCUGUGUAGGAAUCAGAAGUAGUAUGUUCUUCCUGAUUAAGCAGGCAUUGCUCUGGCCUGGAGCAGCUAUUUUAAGCUAUCUCAGAUUCUGUCUAAAGGGGUUUAUUAUUAUUAUAUGUUUUUGGUGGAGGAUAGGUAGGGGGGAGACAUUUCCUUUAUGACCCUGAGAAGAUCUUCCAUAGGAAGAAUCUGAGACAUCUUGCCUACCUUUCUUCCCCCAAGCUCUCUGCUCAUCCCCAUUCUUACGUACAUUCUUUCCUGUUAGGGGUUCUUAUACCAUGAUAGCUGGUAUUUAUGCAAAAGGAUUUUUUACUAAGUAUAUUUCUUUAUGUCCAUUCUGGUUAAGGGAAUGUUGAGGGGAUGGUCAACAGGUGGUCUGGACUAUGGUAGAGACUAGCAAGCAAACACUAUGGAAUGGUGAGUUUUAGUUAGGGUUUCAGUUAUUAUAUGAUUAUUGGUGGUUAUCUUCUGUGGAGAAGCAUACUGAAAUAUCAAAUAUAUCCAAAAGAGAUACUCAUGUUCUGUUCAAAAGUCAGACUAGGACUGGAGUGGACUAUGUAUUCCUUUGUACUCUGUUUCUAUGACAUUUAUUCCUCAUAUAAUUUGCAUUACAUGGAUGGGUGUUCUAGUACUGUAUUUGGCUUCUUUAAUAGAUUGAUAUUUCAUAUACUAUAAUUGUAAAUAUUUUGAUACAAAUGUUUAUAACUUUAGGAAAAUAAAGCAGAUUCUGAUUCCCUUA